AUUUCUUAGAAGUAUUCUGGUCUUAUAUCCACUGCCAAGUGCUCAUUCUCCGGCCCUUAAACGUCAACUCCUCUAGUGAUUGAACAUGGCGAUUCCGAUGACAUCCCUCAUAUCAUCUUUCGCAUCUCUCACCUUCUCAUCUCAACUUUCGCAGAAGCCUCGUGCACUUCCGUUUAGCAACACCAAUCGCCUCUCUCUGUCUCUUACGCCCAAAAACCCUAAACUUCUUGUACCAGCCUCCGCUGUGGAAGCUCCGUCGACGGAGGAGCUGGAAGACGAUGACCUGCAGAACUAUGUCAAGUCGAGACUUCCUGGAGGUUUCGCUGCUCAGCAUAUAUUCGGAACCGGCCGACGAAAGUCCGCCUCUGCUCGUGUCGUCCUCAAGGAAGGUCCCGGCAAAUUCAUCAUAAACUAUCGCGACGCCAAGGAAUAUCUUCAAGGAAACCCUUUGUGGCUUCAGUAUGUUAAAACUCCACUGUUGACACUUGGAUAUGAGAGAAGUUACGAUGUUUUCGUCAAGGCACAAGGGGGUGGCCUCUCUGGUCAGGCUCAAGCGAUCUCCCUUGGCAUCGCCCGUGCUCUACUGAAGGUGAGCGAGGACCAUAGGAAAGCCUUGAGAGCACAAGGGCUCCUGACUAGGGACUCCAGGGUGGUGGAAAGGAAAAAAGUCGGCCUCAAGAAGGCCCGUAAAGCUCCUCAAUUUUCCAAGCGUUGAGGUUUAUGAGUGUGCCCCGGACGGUGUCCUCCCUCCCCCAUGUGUAACUUUUUUUCAUUUUGUUUAUACACUUUUCUGCUUUUUUUAUCUGUAUAAAAAAAAUUAAACAUUGCUUUCUGUAUGAAGGUCAUUUCCCAGAGAAAUAUUAUGAGCCGGCAAUCAGCAUUCUAAUUUACAAAUCUUGAUGAUUUAGAGUACAUUUGGCAACACUAAAAUUAG